AUGGAGGAAGAGAGACAAGUGCUUCUCAGCUUUAAACAAGAUCUCACUGAUCCGUCUGGUAGGCUUUCUUCCUGGGUGGGUCAUCAAUGUUGUCGAUGGAGAGGCAUUUCAUGCAACAACUGCACUGGUCAUGUUGCAAUCAUUGACCUCCGAAAUCCAUAUCCAUACAUUGAGUAUAACGAUCUGUGGACCUCCGCAGGGUACUGGAACAGCACUAAAUUUGAAGAAUCUUGUUUGGGGGGGGGGGGUAAGUUGAAUCCUUCUUUGCUUGGCUUGAAACAUUUGAGUUACUUAGACUUGAGCAACAAUUACUUCAAAGGGAUUCACAUUCCCAACUUCAUUGGCCAGCUUACAAGUUUGAGGUAUCUCAAUCUCUCGCACAAUUCAUUUUGGGGAGAGAUUCCCCCAUCUCUUUGUAACCUCUCAAACUUGAACUAUCUUGACCUCAGUUCUAUUUAUCCUUCUUCCAAAAACUUGAAUUGGCUUUCUCAUCUCUCUUCCCUAAAGUACCUCAAUCUUAGAGGUGUGGACCUUAGCAGCACAGGAGUAAGUUGGCUACAUGAUGUCAACAUGCUUCCUUCACUCUUGGAGUUGCAUUUGUCUUCUUGCCAAAUUAGUGGAAACCAGCUUCCACUCUCGCUGCCCACAAUUAACUUCACAUCACUUUUGGUCCUCGAUAUGUCAUUUAACGAUAUUAAUUCUUCGUUUCCUAAAUGGAUGUUUAAUCUUACUAGUCUUACAAAACUUGAUCUUGGGGGUAAUCCUUUCAUUCGCCCCUCUCUUGAUGAAUUUGUAAGACUAAAAUCUCUAGAACACCUUGACUUAUCGAGUAUUGGACUCAAAGGUCAAUUAUUUCCCAAAUUCUUUGGAAAUUUGUGCAAGCUAAAGUCAUUAGAUCUUCCAGCCAACGACUUUGAUGGGGGGAUUGAAGAGUUUUUGAGUGGUUUUUCAAAUUGUUCAUUUAAUAGAAUGGAGUCACUAGAUUUAUCUAGCUGUGGGCUGGUAGGCAAAUUCCCUAGUUUGAUGCAAAUGUUGAAAAGCCUGCAAUAUCUCUCACUCAGUGACAAUUCCUUGAAUGGGUCCAUACCCGAAAGUUUGGGAAAACUCACUCAGCUGGUUAGCCUUAAUCUGUUUAAUAAUUUAUGGGAAGACAGUUUAACGGAAGCCCAUCUCAUAAAUCUCACAAGAUUAAAGUCUUUUAGUGUAAGCACUGAUCGACUUGUGCCCAUCAUUUUCAAUUUGACUGAUUAUGAAUGGGUUCCUCCUUUCAAGCUCUGUGAUAUUUACAUGGACAAUUGCCGAGUAGGUGCUGGCUUCCCUCUAUGGCUUCAAUCUCAAACUGAGCUCGUUCAUGUCUUACUUACAAAUGCUGGAAUCUCGGGUCCAAUACCAGAGGAAUGGCUCUUUAAGAUAUCUUCCCAAAUCGAAUUUUUGGAUUUAUCUUACAAUCAAAUAAGUGGAAAGCUUCCGUUCCGAUUCAACUCUUUUCCAAUUCUGCAUACCAUAGAUUUGAGCCAUAAUCAAUAUUAUGACACUAUUCCAUCAUCUAUUUGUAGCAUUCAAUCUCUAUAUUACCUUGCUCUGAAUAACAACCAGUUAUCCGGAGAAUUCCCUAAAGAAUGGAGUUUGUGGAGCGGCAUAUACACUCUGGAUGUCUCAAACAACAAUAUGUCUGGUAAUAUUCCAAGCUCAAUGGGCAUUCCAAGUUCUCUUUAUAUACUGAAGACAGACAACAAUCAAUUUAGCGGAGAAAUUCCUUCUGCCUUGCAAAAUUGCUCUGGUUUGGAGAGACUUUAUCUUGGAGGCAACAAAUUUACUGGAAGCAUACCUUCUUGGAUAGGAUCAAAAGUGGACACAUUCGCAGUGCUACAAUUGCAAUCAAACUCUUUAAGUGGACAUAUUCCUCAUCAUUUGUGCAGUCUUCCUUUCCUUCAGAUCCUAGACCUUAGUCACAACAGAUUUUCAGGGACUAUUCCCAAGUGUUUGAAUAAUUUGACUUCCUUAGCCUAUCGUAAUUAUAGUGGCUGGAGCGGCGGUAGUGAGUCUGAGGUAACAACUGUGACUAUAAAAGGAAGAGCAAGUGAAUACUUCUUAUCCAAUGCAGAACUUCUAACCAUUAUUGAUUUUUCAAGUAAUGAUUUAGAAGGUGAAAUUCCUGAAGAAAUCAACAGUCUUGUUGGAUUAGGCACAUUAAACCUGUCCAUAAAUCAAUUAAGUGGAAAUAUCCCCUCAAAAAUUGGAAACUUGAAGUUGCUCGAAACACUUGACCUCUCUCAGAACCAACUUUCAGGACAGAUUCCAAAAAGUCUCGCUUCUCUGACCUUCUUAUCUCACUUGAACUUGUCACGCAACAACUUGACCGGAAGAAUUCCUUCAGGCAACCAACUUCAGACGCUCGAUGAUUCAUCUAUUUAUGAGGGCAAUCCUUCACUCUGUGGAUUUCCUCUUUCAAAAUGCCCAGAAGACGGAGACAAGAUGCAUGAGCUGUAA